GAUUCUUCUUCUCAGUUCCUCUCACCGAAUAAGAACGUUUUAAAGAUGCCGUCAACGCCGACGACGACGACUACAACAACGCCGAUCACGGCUUCGUAUUGGUGUUAUAGCUGUACGCGUUUCGUCAGCGUUUGGGCUGAUCAAGGCACAGCCACCGUCGGCGGUGUCGCCUGUCCUCACUGCGACGGCGGUUUUAUCGAAGAGAUUAACGAUUCUUCCUCCGCCGCUACCGAAUUAGCGAUUCCGGCUUCUACUGAAUUAAGAUCGAUUAAUAACAACCGUAGAUCCGUGAUUAGACGCCGGAGAUCCGGUCGUCGUCCGUCGUUUAAUCCGGUCAUCGUACUCCAAGGAGGCGCCGGCGAGAGAGAAGAUGGAGAAGAAGGAGAUGCGGCUAGAGAUCGACGCGCUUUUGAGUUUUAUUACGAUGACGGAUCCGGAUCGGGUCUUAGACCGCUUCCGGAUUCUGUAACUGAGAUCUUGAUGGGAUCUGGAUUUGAGCGGUUACUCGAACAGUUAAGCCAGAUCGAAGCGUCGGCCACCGGAAUCGGUAGAUCUGGAAAUCCUCCGGCGUCGAAAUCUGCGAUUGAGUCUUUGCCUAGAGUCGAAAUCUCGGAUUGCCACAUAGGCUCGGAGGCUAAUUGCGCUGUUUGCACGGAGAUUUUCGAGGCGGAGACGGAGGCGCGUGAGAUGCCGUGUAAACACCUCUUCCACGACGAUUGCAUCGUGCCGUGGCUAUCGAUUCGAAACUCUUGCCCCGUGUGCAGAUUCGAGCUACCUUCAGAGCCUAAUCGACGAAGCAACAACAACGAGGAGGAUAACGCCGUGGGGAUGACAAUUUGGAGACUCCCCGGUGGCGGAUUCGCCGUCGGAAGGUUUAACGCCGCAAUGAGAGACGGAGAGAGAGUUUUACCUGUGGUGUUAACAGAAAUGGACGGUGGUGGGAUUGGUAAUAGCCAGGAUGGUCCUAGAAGGAUCUCAUGGGUUAGGUCACACGGUACACUCGAAUCGGAUAGCAAUGGUGCGGGCUCCGGUACUGGCUCCGGCGGUAGAUUGAGAAGGAUGGUUCGUGGAAUGGUGUCGUUAAUGAGGAGAGUGAGACCAAAUCGUAGCUCUUCUUCAUCUGCUGCAAUUUCUUCUUCCAGUAAUCUGGAUUUGAACAUUGAAGUAGAAUCUAGGGUUUUGGAUAGGUCGAAUUCAGUGAUGAGAAGAUACUUCAGGAGAAACAGAAGUAACAGAGAUUCUUCUUCUUCAGUUCUUCAUUGAUUGAUAACUAUAUAUAUUAUUUUUUGGUUUGUUCAUUCAACAAUGUAAAUAUGAAAUUCAGAAGAAAAAGAUUGGUGCUUCGUUUUCUAUUAUCAAUUCGAUUAUGUUACAUCAAAAUGUCUAAUGUGUGCAUAAAGAAGUGUUGUUCAU